UGUAAUCUUCUCAUCUCUUGUUGUUGAGCUCUUUAGAUCGGCGUUACUCUCUCUAUUCUCGAGUCCCUAAAGUUCGUAUCUUUAUAGGGAAUUAGGGUUUUUUUUUUUUGGUCUGCAGCUUCAAUGGAUAUGGAAGAAGAGAUGUGUCAAACUCCUCAUGGAUUUGAUGAUGAAUCAGUUCUAAUGAGUAAGGAGACUGAACCAGUCCGGGUGGUAAAAGAGGACUUUAGGGAAAACGGAUUCCAUAAGGAAGGUGAUGAUGUUGAUCAUGAGAAGGUAAAUGGUAACAGAAGCUCCUUGACUCCCGAGGGAGCUGAUUUGAACCAACUCCCGGCGAUUCCGCCGGAUUCUAGUGGUCAAGGUUUGCCAUAUGCACCUGUUGAUUUCCCGAGUCCUGGUGAUGUUUGGAGUUGGAGAGUUGGGAAGAGAGUGAAUACUACCGGGUUCCAUAAGGAUCGGUUUCUUAUUCUCCCUGACAGGCUUAAGGGCAAGAAUGCACCUAAACAUUUUGCAGGCAAAAACACUCUUUCUCGUUAUCUUGAAACGAGGUUUCCUGAUAUGGAUGUUAAAUCAUUCUUUGCAUCGUUUACUUGGUCUAUUCCGGCUUUGCUUCAGCCUACGAAUAGAGUUGAUGCUGCGUCUUUGUUUGAAGAGACAUCCAAAGAAGGACAGAAUCAAGAUGACGUUGGUGAAAAAGAAGGAACAACUUCACGUUACAGCCAGAGGAAGAGAAAACUGGUGCAGCAGGCACAGAGUUAUGAACCUGUUGAAGUAAAAACUAAAGCAACACCUAGUAAAAAGAGAGUUACAACAACUCCUCCAGCCACCAAACAGAAUUCAGCUCGGCAAUCCUCCUCGAGACGCUCCACAAGACAACAACAAGGUGAUGAUGUGGUUGACUUGGACGAAGAUGCAAAGAAGAACGGCAAGAAAAUGAAGAAACGCAGAGGUAACUUCGCAGAGGAAAAAGCAGAAACAUCGGUUCCUCAUAUCUAUGUUUCUCCUAUAAACGGUGUCAUUGCAGUCUCUCACGCUCCUGUGGAUAUAAACCCUGAAGAGUUUGACAGUUAUCUCAACUCUCUAGAUAACCUUCUUCAGCAACAGCCUUCAGAAGCGGGACAUGAGUCUUCAUCAUCUCUUCCCGUCAGUGAAAGCUCUCCAGUGAAACAACAUGAAUGGGCAGAAGCUCGGACGAAGCUUUCAUCGCUCUUGGAAAAAGAUUUAUCUUCCUUGUUCAUGUCUAAUGAAGCUGUGGAGAUAGCAAGCUUGGCCACUAAACUCAAGAAAGAUCCAAUCCUUUCAGCUGAAGAAAUAGUAAGGUUGAAGCUUAUCGAAGAGAUUCCUACUUUGAGCGAAGUUUUUCAAGAGAACAAAAACGUGAUACAAGAUGCAAACAGGUUCUUCUCUGCUCUCGAGCUUAACAAAGGCAAAGUCGCAUCACUCAAGUCCGAAUACAGCGACUUAAAGGAGAAGCUAGGAAAUAUUCAAACAGAAGUUGAUACAAACACCAAGACAAUCCGUGAAAUUGACGAGCAAAUCACGCAGCUUCAAGCUAGACGGACAGAGCUGACCCGAAGCAACGGUAAAAAGGAGAAAGAGAAGGUUGAUCUAAGCUUUGGUCAGAAGAUGGUUGCAAACUCAAUACCUAAAGUGGUACAAGAAGUUCAAGCAGCGAACUUGAAGAAACCUGAUUGGGAAACGAAGAAAGACAAUGCUCUUAAACGCGAAGCAGAGAUCCUUGAUAAAUUCUCUUCUCUCAAAGGCUUCUAUCUCUAAACCAUUAUAGGUUAUAUAUACUUGUGAACUCUUGAAAAUUGCAAAAAAAAAUUAUACUUUUGUCCA